UGCAAUUUUGUAACCAAAGCCUCCUUAGAAAGUUGAAAAGUACAAUAUUCUCAACCUGAAUCCUAAUUCAAUCUCACCUAGAUUUAGCCCAAUUCAAUGACGUUAUAUCAAAGAGGCCCAAUAAACCAACAUCGAGUUUCUUCACCAUCACAAUCCAUAAAACUGUAAAGUGCAAAACAUCGAGUUUAACAUGUUUGAUUGCUGCCAUUUGUGAGAGAUCUGCUUUCAUCUUUCGUUAUUCUGAAAGAGAGAGGUGAGCAGAUCUCAAAACACUAAUCUUUUUCAGUAUUACUCCAUGUACGAGGUUAGUAGAAUCAAGUGUAUACUGUAUAUUUGAUUUUAAGCUGAUUUUUCUUAUUCAAGUUCAUCACUUUUGAGCUAUAUCGAUGAAAUUAAGGAUCACCCAUUAUCUGAUUGAUCACACAAAUACAUGGGUUAUGACUUAAUUUACGAAUUGUUUUCUGGGUACUGUUUACAAUUUUGUUUAAGAGUGUUUUUUUUUGGUAGAAAAGUAUAUGAGAAAUUGGAGAACUGAGAUUAUUUCAAUGUGGUUAAUUCUGAUAUGGAACCCCAAAGCCCAUCAAAAAAGAAAAUCUCAAUAUUGGGGUCUUUUAAAUCUCAUAUAACUGUGAAGUUUUGCCUGAUUUUCCUAGCAAUUUUGCUGGUUUCAGUUGGUAUAUUAUGUGGAUAUGGCUUAUUUGGGAAGAGUUUGUCAUAUUUUACAGUUGUUGUGGAUUGUGGGAGUACAGGAACUAGAGUGAAUGUUUAUGAGUGGGGAAUUAAUGGUGGCAGAAAUGGAGAUUUGCCAAAUUUGUUGCACUCUUAUCCUAAUGAAUCAGCAAAGAAUGGUUUAUGGAAAAAUGGUUGUGAGUACCAUUGUAUGCAAACUGAGCCUGGUUUGGAUAAAUUUGUGGGUAAUUAUUCAGGGGUGAGGACUUCCUUGGUGCCAUUGUUACGUUGGGCUGAACGAAUGAUACCAAAUGAGAGACACGAGGAUACGCCAGUUUUUGUUUUAGCUACUGCUGGAUUGAGGAGGCUUGCGGUCGAAGAUGGCAAAACGAUUUUGGAGGAUGUAGAACGAGUUGUUAAGGAACACUCAUUUAAGUGGAGAAGAGAUUGGAUUAGGGUUUUGAGCGGGAGAGAAGAGGCGUAUUAUGGUUGGAUCGCUUUGAAUUAUAAAAUGGGGUAUUUGAAUAAAUCAACUAUGUUGCCUACAUUAGGGCUUCUUGAUUUGGGAGGUUCUUCCUUGCAGGUAGUGAUGGAAGUAGAUGAAGUGAGGGAGGAUAGCCACCUGUUAGUUUCAAAGAUUGGUCUUGUUGAGCAUCAACUUAUGGCUUAUUCGUUACCUGCUUUUGGUUUGAAUGAGGCUUUUGAAAGAACCAUUGCUAUGCUUAAUUCAGUAAGGUCAAGGGAAAAUGCUGAUGGAUCUAAUGUUAGACAUCCGUGUCUGAGUUCUAAUUUUUUGGGAAAUUAUACUUGCACCAGUUGUUCUGAACCCGAGUUGUUGCUGCGUUUGGUCGGAGUUCCAAAUUGGGAGAAAUGCAAAAUACUUACACAAGCCGCAGCUAUGAAUUUAAGCAUUUCAGAUUGGUCAGAGACUAGAAUCAAUUCAAGUUGCUGGAGAAGAUCGCCACACGAGGGCAAGAAUUCUCUCAAUGUUGCCUUCAACACCAAAACUGGUAUGCGAUAUCAUGCUUUAUCCGGAUUCUUCGCUGUGUACAAAAUGGUAAAUCUGACCGGAAAAGCCAACUUGACUAAAAUUUGGGAAACAGCCCAACAUCUAUGCUCAAGUACAUGGGAAGAUGAGAGCAAUGUCUCAGGUGGCCAAUACUGUUUUAAGGUGUUGUAUUUAACAUCUCUGAUAGAAGAUGGUUUGUGUCUAGGAAAUGCAGAUAUCAUUUUUGGUCCUGGAGAUAUCUCUUGGACAUUAGGAGCUUCUUUGGUAGAAGGCAAAUAUAUGUGGAGAACAGUUGGUUCGAGAACUCUGAUAACAAGUCCGCUGUAUAGGGAAGUUUUUUCAUCGCCUAUCUUUCUCUUCAUUAUACUUGUAGUCCUGGUAUUUAUUGUUUACUACAGUCAGAUUAAGCUGCCUAUGCCUCGGAAGAGAAGUUCUGUUGUCGGGCCACCUGCGCCUUUGACUUCUUUCAUGCAUUCUAAGCAUCGGCCAUGUUAGUCUUGUGGGAAGAUUUUUGUACAUCAAUUUUAUUCAUUCUUAUCCGUAACA